UAAUUAUAAGAAAAAGAAAAAAGAAAAAUCGGUAUAACGCGGCCGGGUCGAGUUGAGUAUCUCACCCAGUCAUUCAAACGCGACUCACCAUUCCUAAACGAUUUUCGCGUCCGCCGCUAACAGCCGAACGAUUCCGGCGCCGUCAAUCUUCCACCGCAUGCACCCUUUCUGAACCUUUGGUUCACUUCGAUCUGGAUCGUCUUCCGUCGAGGUGGAAUUAUGAUAGCUCUGUUUUGGAUGUAAUGGCUCCAAUACGCACCACUGGAUUUGUUGAUCCUGGUUGGGAUCAUGGCAUUGCUCAAGAUGAGCGGAAAAAGAAAGUUAGAUGUAAUUACUGUGGGAAAAUUGUUAGUGGUGGGAUAUACAGAUUAAAGCAGCAUUUAGCCCGAGUUUCUGGUGAAGUAACAUACUGUGAAAAGGCUCCGGAGGAAGUCUACCUAAAAAUGAAGGAAAACCUAGAAGGGUGCCGUUCUAGUAAGAAACAAAAGCAAGUUGAUUCGCAAGCAUAUAUGAAUUUUCACUCUAAUGAUGAUGAAGACGACGAAGAGCAAGUUGGGUGUAGAAGCAAAGGGAAGCAAUUGAUGGAUGACAGGAAUGUAUCUGUAAAUUUGACUCCUCUUCGGUCGUUAGGAUAUAUUGACCCUGGGUGGGAACAUGGCAUUGCUCAGGAUGAGAGAAAGAAAAAAGUUAAAUGCAGUUACUGCCAGAAAGUUGUUAGUGGAGGUAUUAAUAGGUUUAAACAACAUUUGGCUAGAAUUCCUGGAGAGGUAGCACCUUGUAAAGAUGCUCCAGAAGAAGUUUAUCUUAAAAUAAAAGAGAAUAUGAAAUGGCAUCGCACUGGAAGGAGACAUAGGCAACCUGAGGCUAAGGAACUGAUGCCUUUCUAUCCAAAGUCCGAUAACGAAGAUGACGAGUAUGAGCAAGCGGAAGAUACUUUGCAUCAUAUGAACAAGGAAGCUUUGAUUGAUAUUGAUAAGAGAUACUCUAAAGAUACAGCGAAGACCUUCAAGGGAAUGCCCCCUAAUACUGGCCCAGAACCAGUGUUGAGAAGAUCAAGGUUGGAUAGUUUUUACCUGAAACUUCCCAUGACUCAGACUCCUCAAACUUACAAACAUCUAAAAGUUAAGACAGGGUCCACUAAGAAAUUACGCAAGGAAGUUAUUUCUUCAAUUUGCAAGUUCUUUUGCCAUGCAGGAAUUCCUUUACAGGCUGCGGACUCCAUAUAUUUUCAUAAUAUGCUGGAAAUGGUUGGUCAAUAUGGACAAGGAUUAGUAUGCCCGCCCAGCCAACUUAUUUCUGGUCGCUUUUUGCAGGAGGAAAUCAAUUCCAUUAAGAAUUACCUUAUGGAAUAUAAGGCUUCCUGGGCAAUCACGGGUUGUUCUGUAAUGGCUGAUAGUUGGAGAGAUACGCAAGGGAGGACAAUUAUUAACUUUCUUGUUUCAUGUCCUCGUGGAGUAUACUUUGUUUCUUCAGUUGAUGCCACUAAUGUGGUAGAAGAUGCACCAAAUUUAUUUAAGCUUCUUGAUAAAGUAGUGGAAGAAAUAGGUGAGGAAAAUGUAGUGCAGGUAAUCACCGAAAAUACUCCAAACUACAAAGCUGCAGGUAAAAUGCUUGAAGAGAGGAGAAGGAAUUUAUUCUGGAUGCCUUGUGCUACCUAUUGUAUUAAUCAGGUGCUUGAAGAUUUUCUGAAGAUAAGAUGUGUCGAAGAGUGCAUCGAAAAGGGCCAGAAAAUUACGAAACUAAUAUACAAUAAAAUAUGGUUGUUAAAUCUUAUGAAAAAUGAAUUUACCCAUGGGAAGGAGCUUCUAAAGCCAGCUGGCACCCAGUGUGCCUCUAGCUUUGCUACAUUGCAGAGCUUGUUGGAUCACCGAGUUGGUCUUAGACGAAUGUUUCUUUCAAACAAAUGGAUGUCAUCCAGGUUCUCCAGCUCAAGCGAGGGGAAAGAGGUGCAAAAAAUUGUUUUGAAUGUCACAUUUUGGAAGAAAUUGCUGCAUGUGAGCAAGUCAGUAGAUCCCAUACUGCAAGUGCUUCAAAAGGUGUCUAGCGGUGAGAGUUUGUCAAUGCCAUAUAUAUAUAACGACUUGUACAGGGCAAAACUUGCAAUCAAAUCUGUUCACAGUGAUGAUGUACGUAAAUAUGAACCAUUCUGGAAGGUGAUAGACAGUCAUUGUAACUCUCUGUUCUGUCAUCCUCUUUACUUGGCUGCUUACUUCUUGAAUCCAUCAUACCGAUAUCGUCAGGAUUUUGUUGCGCAUUCUGAGGUAGUCCGAGGGCUGAAUGAAUGCAUUGUUCGGCUAGAGCUAGAUAAUAUGAGACGAAUAUCUGCAUCAAUGCAAAUUGCCCAUUAUAAUUCUGCACAAGAUGACUUUGGAACUGAAUUGGCAAUUAGCACAAGAACAGGUCUCGAACCAGCUGCUUGGUGGCAACAACAUGGAAUAAGUUGCUUAGAGUUGCAAAGAAUAGCCGUACGCAUAUUAAGUCAGGCAUGCUCGUCCUUUGUAUGUGAGCAUGAUUGGAGUUUGUAUGAUCAGUUAUAUAGUAAAAGACAGAAUCGUCUAUCUCAGAAGAAACUUAAUGACAUUAUGUACGUUCACUACAACUUGCGCCUUAGAGAAUGCCAAGUAAGAAAAAGGUCCAGGGAGUCAAAGUCAACCUCUGUCGACAGUGUUCUACAAGAGCAUUUACUUGGUAACUGGAUACUUGAUACCACUGCACAAAGCUCUGACAAGAAUAUCCCGUUUGGAGUUGAACUAGAUGAUGAAUAUGAAAAUGAUUCAAUUGACUAUGAAGAUGGAGCUGCAAGGCUUCUAAAGGGUUCCCUAGAGAUGGUGACAAUGGCAGAUGGAGCAGUAGGAUCAUCAGAUGCAGAUCAUGCUAACAUGGACGCUGCUUCUGACGAUGAGUCGGAUCUGAAUUAUUUUGAUGAUGAUUUGAGUGAGUAAUCUAGGUACAUGGUUCUCCUUGUGGAGGAAUAAGCAUUUGGUUGCUGGUUGUGAGCAUGAAUUACUUGCUACUACCCUGUGAAAAAUCAAGAUGGGUUAUCUUGGUGUGUACAACCACCAUGUUCAUUUCAUCUAUUGGAGCAUGGUCCGCAUUCGAUCUGACAUGGAAUGUGCUAAGAUCUUUGGUCAAUGGCUGUCCUGUAGCUAAUCUUAUCCAAUGAUAUCUAUUGUAAGAUAAAUUUUGACAUUGAAUGAUGUACAAAAUACUUGAUUUAUGUGCUCACAAUUUACAAAGAUUUAUCUGUAUUUUGCCAUGGAAGAAAAGCUGGGGUCUAUAGCAGAAAUGACUGUAGUUGCAACUUGUAAUGUGGACAUCCAACGUUAGAUUUUAUUUUAUUUUUUCUUCCUGAUUUGCUAA